CUACUUUCGCGUUCAUUCAGUCUAUGAACAUUUUACGUACGUGAAGUUCAGUGGGAAAUAGGAAAUAUGACUUUACAAAGACGUGCUAGUUUUCAAGUGUACAGACAUGUGGACUCUAACUCCAGUGACUCGUCAGGGUCAUCUAGUUCUUCAAAGAACUCGGAUACUCCUUUGCGAAAAUUCAACCGACUGCUCCGCGCGUCGGUGUCACGUCACUGGGCCUACUUCCGAAGGGACAGGCCUGCGCUGCGGACCCGUGGGCGCUCCGUGUCGGACGCCGGCCUCUGCUCCAUUGUAGACGAUGACCCCGAACUGGAUUUCCUGACGUUCCCGGCCGUGUCGCCCCGCCGCUCGCUGCAAGCGUUUGGCACCCGACCAAGCAGACCCGCGCUGUUCAUAACGUCGGCGGGCGGGUCGAGCUGCGCGGUCGUCGGCGUCGAGGAGGCGAGCGACAGCGACGAGCAACAUACGCGGCGGCAUCUCCGCGUGCCUACACCGGCGCUACCCGGACAGUCAACCGGAAACUUCGCAUCGGGGGCAGCGGGUGGCGGGUGCGGCGCCCCUCGCUCCGCUCCCGCCACCCCGCUGCAGCUUGAGCCUCACCCCCGCACUAAGCAUGACAAACAUGUAGUGAAGCCACUGUCAGGCUCGGCGCCGUCCGUGCGCGAGCCGGCCGACGCCGUGGAGGCCGAGGGCGGCAGCAAGCAGCCCAGCAAGUCGCGCCAGAAGAAGUUCCAGCGGCACUUCCCGCAGGUCGGGCCCGAGGAGCGAGUGCUCAACUACUACUCAUGCGCUCUGGUGGGGGAUCUCUUGCUGCAGGGGCACCUCUACAUCACCAAGAACUACUUCGCCUUCUACUCCAACGUGUUCGGAUAUGUCACCAAGCUCCUAAUACCAACGACGUCAGUCCUCCGCAUCACGAAGGAGAAGGUGGCGCGCAUCAUCCCCAACGCGGUCGGCGUGUGCACGCGCGACGAGCGGCACGUGUUCGGCUCCCUGCUGUCGCGGGACUCCACCUACAAGCUGAUGACCCACGUGUGGAAGGCGGCAAGAGUGCCCGAGCGAGCGGUGCCCACUCCACAGGAUUUACGCGCCUCAGAAGUUGAGCUGGACGUAACGGACUCCCCCGAGGACGACAGCAGCAGCGCCGGCGGCGACCACACCCCCGCUCCCCCCGUCCGGAGAGAGUCGGAAGCCAUCAUCACCUCAGCGGGCGCGGCGGUGAUCCAGCCCGCGCUGCUGACCGGAGCGCCGGCGCCGCGCCGGGCGGCGCGCUGCGGCCGGCUGCUGCUGCUGCUGCUGGCGCUGGCGCUGGCCUGCUCCGCCGCGCUGCUCGCCUACAGGCUGCACCGCGUCACGCAGGACGAACAGGACCCGCUGUCGGCGCUGUCGGGCUCGCAGCUGUACGGCGAGCUGGUGCGGUGGCGCGCACGCCUGCACGGCCGCGCCGCCUCGGAGCUGCACGCCUUCCUCACCACCAACCUGCUGCUGCUCACUAAGGUGCGACAAUCUCUAGAAGCGCUAUCAGGUGUGAUACUAACGGACAUGGCGCACACCACCAUGAACGACGUCCCCAACGAGACCGCGUUCAGUUAGCCCCCGGGCGUCCGAGUUCCUACCGGAACGUAGGACAACUCAAGCUCAGAACGGGCCGUUAUAUAAACAUGUUUGGAUCCAUUUUUGACCAAGGUCAGAAGAAAAAAACACCCAUAUUGAAAUGAAACUUCAGGUCAGACGGAACGUAACUCAGAUGCUCAGAAGACAUCAAUUUGAUGUGCUUAUGGUUAAAAAAAGAGAAAUCAUCUUUAAAAACAAACUUUAAGAAUAAUAUUGCUCAGAAAACACAUCAAACAUACUCGUACAGGUCAAAAGGGGCCCCAGUAAUAUACGUCAACGCUUAGAAGAUACAUCAUAAUGGGCGUGUUUUUGAGAUUACGAUUUGAAUAAUAACAAAAUAUUGCGAUGGGUAACCUAGAAAGGUAACACGAUAUCGUGAUCUCAAAAUGUUUCAUCUGUUAAAAAUAUUAUCUUGUGCGAAAUCACGAAAAUAUGACCCGGGAUUGGCGAAAAGCUUCAUUUUGAAGUCUUCAUUCCAAAGGUGAAAGAAGACCUAGACUGAUGGAUUAUGUGGUAUUUUACGCUUAUGUUGAAGGGCAGUGUCAACUGCCGUGUUAUUUAUUUGUAACUUAAUAUAAUUUAUUUCUAGAAACCAGUAUGUGUCGCAGGUGACACCAAUUAUUUUCAAAGCAUUUCUU